UAUAAAAAAUUUGAAAUAUCAACUUAUGCUCCUAGUCGAGUAACGGACACAGCAUUCCCGCAAAUGCAUAAACAAGUGGGCACAUCUCUGUUCGUUCAAGUAGUGAAAUAGCAAUGGACACAUACCGUAACUUCCUUUUACUGGAAAUGACUCGAUAGUGCAAAAUUCAGCCCUGUGACAAAAAAGCCAUGGGAAAGAAGAGAAGGAGAGUUCCGGAGGUACUAUGGCGGCUAUUUCACCACCGAGCUCGUACACUGGCGGAGACGAUCUUGUCAUUGAUACCACCGCCCCCGGCAACGGCAGCAGGGUGCAGGUGUAAGGGGCGGCGGUGCCUCAGUUGCAGCGGUGAUGACGCUAUGUCCUUUCUCCUCAGACCAAACGACCCUCCUGACUAUCGCAGGCUCCUCACUAAAUCUUUCGUCGUUGUUUCCGAAAAUGCCCCUCCCUUGCCUAUCUUAGAUCCUCAAUGCCGCUGGUCACAGCUCGAGAUCGUUACAAGAACAAUCGAAAUGAUAUCAUAUGAACAGACUUCUUCCAAGAAUAUAAUAUGCUGGAGUUAUGAUAAACACAACCGCUCAAGUUCAGUUGUCGAUAUUUUAACUUCCUCAGCAUGGAGUCACCUUCUAAGGAGAGUUGGGGAUACUCUCAUGGUGUAUUUACUAAAAUUUACUUCAGUCUUUUUGUCCCUUCCCAAAAAGAAGCAUCAUCAGGUAGCAGGUUUCCCUAUCAAUGAUUUGUGCCUUAAAGUAUCAAGGCACAUGCUUGACUCUGAAAUCCAGCACCGUUCGCUUGAUCAUAAUGCAUUAAGGAAGAAGAGGAAUGAAGUUGGAGUUGGGUCAAUGUCCAAAAAACAGCUAAGCACGUGGGCUUUGGACGUUGAGGCUUCUUCAAACAACAAUAAGUUCGUUGGGUGUAAUGGCACUAAUAGUGUUAGUAAUGAAGAGUUUUCAAAUGAAAAAGGCAAGGAAAGCUCAAACCAAAACAUUACAUUGCCUGGAAAGCGGAAAAGGCAGUUCCGUUGGCAGCGUCAGAGAAAGCGGAGGCAGUUGGCUGGUCAAGGAACGUCUUCUUUGAUUUCCUGUACAGAAAGCUUCAAUAACAACAAUAACUUUUCUAGUGGGUCUAGAGGGCAACCUGGCCUCGGCAUAGCUUCAGGUCUAAGCAAUGGACAGAUAGUAUCAUGUUUCUCUUGUUGUUCUGUCUUUCGAAAUCUACCGAAGAUCAUAAAGAAAGUUCAGGUCGAUAGGAAAAGUAUAUUCUACAGGUUGGAGAGUUCUUCUUCAAUGUUCCCAAGGAAAUACAUUCUGCAUUCUGUGAAGCCCAAUGAUUCUGGAGCAAUUUCUCUCUUCAAGAAUAUCUUUGGAACAUUUGAUGUUGAUAUGAAUCCUCAGUCAAUGCCAGGUUUUCAUGGAAAAACCUGUUGUCUCAGCAGAUCCACAUGUUUCUUAAGUUGUUAUGUAGAGGCUCAUGUAUAUCAUUUGAAUAUUGUCUUCAAUAUGCCCCCCUCACUUGUAGGCGAGGUUUUAGAAAAUUGGGUUAUGUAUGGAGUUGGUGGGAAUUCCGCCGCAUUAUGUGGUAAUGACCGGAUUAGGCGGAUGAUGGACACAAGACUUUCUUGUGAUAUGUUUGUUGUUCUCAAACAUUGUCUUAAAUUUGUCUUUUUUGUCCUGCCACACUUGGACCAAGAUGCAUAUGAAAGUGGCUGCUCUCUAUUUGAGGGUAAUGAUUCUGGGAUAAGCUUUUCUAUGAAGGAAAGUUACGAGGCUCAGUGUGAAAAGAAAUCAUGUCAUGUUUCUGAUACCAGAAGUUGUAAGUUGACAUCAGAAGCCACUGACUAUCAUUUUGAGCCAAAUAAGUGUCAAUGUCUCAAGAAACAGGUAGUAUCAUUUAUAUGGGCAGUUUGUAGAAGUAUAGUUCCUUCAGAUUUGCUAGGAAUGCCUUCUAAUUGGAGAAUUCUGAGGACGAAUAUCUCAAAGUUCAUUCAGCUGCGAAGAUUUGAGAAGUUCUCACUCAACCAAUGUAUGAAUAAAUUGAAAACAUCGAAGUUUCCUUUACUGUCAAACAAGUCUUGCCAAUUGACCAGAGAUUUGGCAAAAUACGCAGAAGGAAACUGUGGGGAUAUGCAGCAUAAGAAAUGCUGUGAACUUUAUGCCACAGAUAUUAUUAAACGUAAAAUUCUUGAAUGCUGGAUUUUUUGGUUUUUUACUAGUCUAGUAUCGCCAUUGAUUCAAGCCAACUUUUACGUUACAGAAAGUGAGCAUGAGAAACAAGAGGUAUUUUAUUAUCGGAAGCCUAUCUGGAAGAAACUGAUGAGAGAAUCAGUUACAUGCAUGAAGGGUAAGAGUUAUCGCCAAUUAAAUAAUGCAUCUGUUAGACAAAUCAUAAGGAAUAGAUCAUUUGGUUUCUCACGGGCCAGAUUUCUUCCCAAGGAACAUGGGUUCAGAUUACUGGCAAAUCUAAAAGCUUCAUCAAGGAUGCCCGUGAACUUACUCUCUUCUAGAGUUCUAUCUAAUGGACAAUUGCAGAGGAAAGCGUCUUGCGUUCCUAGAAAUGUCAAAUAUGACUAUUUCAAGUCUGUAAAUAGUGUCCUUCGUGAUCUGCAUGUAAUUCUGAAAGGCAUACAGACAAAAGAACAAGAGAAGUUGGGUUCAUCGGUAUUUGAUUAUAAUGAUGUGUACAGGAAAUUUGUCCCUUUCUUGUUUUCUCUGAGAGAUGGAUCAACCACCAUGCCUAGCAUUUUCAUCGUUGUGUCAGAUGUAUCCAAAGCUUUUGACUCAGUCAACCAUGAUAGAUUGCUUAAUGUGAUCAAGGAUGUGGUAUUGGAUGAUGAAUAUGUUUUGGAAAAGUCUAUUCAGGUAUCUUGCACGAAGAAGUCUUUGAGGGUCCGUCAGCAUCUUACGCUAGCAGAUCAAGAUAUCAUCACCAAAUCAGCAAAGAUCCCAUCAUGUCCUCCUGUACAUUCGUUGGAUGGUGUUCUUGUUAAGAAGACAUCGAGCGGAAGAAUAAGGAAGGAAAAAGUUCAUUUUAUUCUCAACGAGCAUAUAAAGCGCAAUGUGCUGCAAUUAGAUGACAACUUUUACCAGCAAUGCAUUGGUAUACCUCAAGGAAGUGUGUUGUCAUCUCUGCUCUGCUCGUUUUACUAUGGACACAUGGAGAGAAAUGUAAUCUUUCCAUUUCUUGAGAAAUCUUGGGAGCCUGACACCACACACUUUUCAGGAAAACAUGAUUCUCAUGGUUCUUCAGCUUCAGAAAGCAACUGCAAAAUAGAAAUGAUUGCAUGUGCUUCUAAAUAUCUCCUGCUCAGGUUUAUUGAUGAUUUCCUCUUUGUAUCAACUUCAAAAAAGCAGUCUGCUAUGUUCUUCAGCCGGUUGCAUAGAGGAAUCCGUGAAUAUAACUGCUACAUGAAUGAGGAGAAAUAUGGUUUAAAUUUUACUGUGAACAGUUUAGGUCCUUUAGGAUUACGGUCAGACAGAUUAUAUGUAGGUAAAGAUGGCAUCUCAUUUCUUCGUUGGAGUGGACUGCUUGUCAAUUGCUGUACAUUGGAAAUUCAGGCAGACUACACAAGGUACAUGAACUCCCAUUUAAGUUCUUCUCUGACAGUCUGCUGGGACGGUAAAGUAGGACGUCAUUUGAAGGCAAAGCUCUGUGAUUAUCUCCGGCCUAAAUGUCAUCCUAUAUUCUACGAUUCCAAUAUCAAUUCGGCAGCUGUGGUCCGACUCAAUAUUUAUCAAGCUUUUUUGCUUUGUGCAAUGAAGUUCCACUGCUAUGUAGCCAACUUGUCUCCCACGUUUAGAUUCAGCCCUAUAUUCUUUAUAGAUGCUGUCGACACAUCUUUGAGGUACAUGCACAAACUUAUAAAGAAAAGGAUGCAUUCUUUGAUUGCUGGCUGUGAUUUUCGUCCAAUAUUUAACGUGAAGAAGAAAGAAACUCUAUGGCUCGGAUUAUAUGCUUAUGUACGCGUACUGAGGAAGAAACAAUCCCGUUACAAGGAGCUCUUAUCUUUAUUGAGGUCCAAGUUGAUGACAUAUUGGAAGGCUGAGAACUUGUCACCAGCACUCUCGUAUGCUGUUGAUGAUGAUCAUUCUUCAUUAUUCUGGAACAUUAAGUAUUGAUCUAUGGAGUGGUAGUUUUUUCAUUAAUUAACCAGUAUAGCAAGAUUUGUGCCUUCUCUUUGGUUGUACUUUUGCAAUUUAUGUUUUUAACAUGAAACUGCAAAUUGUGGUUC